AUGAGCUUCCUCGGUCUCCGCAAGUGGCCCACUCCCGUUGCCAAGCCGCUGUGGCCCUUCGUCACAGCGAGUGUCUUGACGUGGUUUUUGGUGGGCAAGAUGCAGGACCUCGGUGUCAAGUCGGAGGGCUUCCGCAACGACCCCCGCAACCCCUACGCAGCCCAAAUUGCUAAGGAGUCUCAUCACUAG